AUGUUUGACUCCGUAUUAAAUGAAGUUGUGACUCGCGAGUAUCAACCUCGAAAUCGAUAUACGUUUUCGCGUCGCAAAUGUAUUCCUCUCAUUGGCGUUAGCAACCUUGAAUGUCGCAAAAGCCAAGCAUUUCACUUGCAUUCCUCCAUCGAUAUCGUUUCACCUCCUUUUGACUGUGAUUUUUCACCUCGUGCUCCUAAUCUGUUGCUUGUCGCUAAGGAAGACGGCUUGGUGCAUCUCUUCGACACCGAGCAACAUGGAUCUGAAAGUCUUCUGAGAUAUUAUGGAGUUCAUGAUAACGCCAUUUUCAGUGUGAGAUGGGUCACACGUACUAAUUAUUUCCUCACUGCCUCUGGCGAUCAAACUAUUAAAUUAGUUGACUCCGAAACUGGUUCAGUUGUUAGUGUCUACGUGGGGCACACUAUGUCCGUCCGUUCUCUUGCCCUUUCUCCUUCCGAUCACUAUAUUUUCGCUUCUGCCUCUAGAGAUGGUUCGAUUCGCCUUUGGGAUAUGAGGUCAAAGAGUCUUGAAGGUGUAGGUUGCUCGGUUCACAUCCAUGGAUGCCAUCUUCCUUCAGUCGGGUUAUCCUCCCGUCGUUCUGGGUCAAAAUCACGAAAAUCUAUGACUGAUUCGCAAAGUGUUACCUCUGUUGUCUUUGCUGGGGGGUUUCACCUAGUCUCCGCCGGUUCUACCGAUGGUGCAAUUAAGAUAUGGGAUAUGCGGAAAGCUUCGUCUAGUAAAAAGCAGCCCCAACCCAUAACUUCCCUUCCUUAUCAUGGAAUGUCUCGGAAACAAUGUGGCUACUCGGAUCUGGUUCUGGAUUCUGACCGAAGACGACUGUAUGCCAGUUGUCUAGAUCAUGCUGUCUAUGAGUAUGACCUUACUUCUCCCUCGACUAGGCCGAUUCUCCUCUAUACCGGCCACCUUGCAGGAUCCUUCUAUAUCAAGCUAAGUCUCAGUCCGGACAAUGCUUACUUGGCCUGUGGCAGUGCCGACAGUCGGGCUUACAUCUAUCGAGUGGGUGCGCGCACCCAACUACCCUUUAUUCUCUCCGGCCACUCUGGAGAGGUCUCAGUGCCACGUUGGUCAUUCCAUGAUCCCACUUGCAUGGUCACACUGUCGGACACUGCGCAGCUUUUCGUCUGGCGGAUGUUUCCUGCUAGGGAGUACACGAUGCCGGAGACGGGAGAGUUGAUAGGCUUGACUGAGUGCCUCUCCCAACCCACGAUCACUGCCGAUCAUCAGAGAAGUCUCCUGGCCUCCGCUUCGGCACGUUCUACAACAGCCUCAUUCACAACAAAGCCUUCGUCAGUCCCCUCGAAAUCCUAUGGUGACGCUUUUGACUCAUCCUCUCUUCUGGCUAGACGCAGAAGACAGUUAAAUAUUCGGGACUUCUUAAUGAAUUUGCCGCAAACUAAUGAAGUUAGUGGCCUCCACCUUAUCAACAUUAACAGUGACGGUAGCGACAACACACGUUCUUCCAUUCCCUCCUCGACUACAGCUGAAAGCAAUGCAGCAACAGGCGCGACACCACAAACGAGGCGCGCCCCUCUUGUCUCAGGCUCACGAAUUGUUGAUCUCCAUCCCCCACCCCAAUCUGUCAAUGCCGCUACUGUUGCUGUUGGUACUUCGUCCUCAUCUCCACCGUCUCCAUCGACGUCUUCCAAUUGGGAUGAAGAGGAUGUUGAGAAUAAUCCUCCAAGCAACUCUAGCACCUCAACAAGUUCUCAUUCGCAUCAUCGGUGCCUCAAACGUCACUGCAUCCAUCGUCAACUUGGUCCACCCGAAUCCGCUGAGCCAGAGCGGAAGCAUUUGCCCCUAUCCGACAUUACCGAAGCACUGUCGCAGUCGUCGAGGAAACGAACUAUGGAGAUGGACGAUGGCAAUGACGAGGAAAUGGAAGACCAUGAAGGUAUCAAUGACUCUCAAGCUCCAAUGUGGCGCAAGCAUUCCACCGAUUUCUCCACGCCCUCCUCAGUUGCUACGGCAACUGGAAGUCCUCGAGGCACACCUAGGCGACGCCGCAGAACCAUGGCUUCCACAAGCUCUUCCACCAGCACGUUUUCACUCUCGACUCCUUUGGGAUUUCAAGCCUUACUGCGUGCGAUGCGAAGCUUGCGCUUGGCGCUACGAGAGGACGAGAGCGCCGUCGUGGCAACAUUCCUUGCAACCUCGUUUCAUCAGGCAGCCUACGUUUGUCCAACCCAUCGAAUUUUAUGUCCACUGUUCAGCUCCGGUGUGAAGGAAAUUAUAUACGAUUGGUUCAACUUCAAGGGAGUAGUCUGA